AUGUCGACGUCAGUCCCAGUCAAGAAAGCAUUGAGUGCUCUUCUACGCGAUCCAGGAAACAGCCAUUGUGCCGACUGUAAGGCGCAACUACACCCACGCUGGGCUUCUUGGUCACUUGGUGUUUUCAUCUGCAUUAAAUGUGCUGGUAUACAUAGAUCAUUGGGAACACACAUUUCCAAAGUGAAAUCUGUUGAUCUGGAUACAUGGAAAGAAGAGCACUUGAUGAAACUGAUACAGUUCAAGAAUAAUUUAAGGGCUAAUUCAUACUAUGAAGCUACUUUGGCUGAUGAAUUGAAACAAAGGAAAAUUACUGAUACGAGCAGUCUACAAAAUUUCAUUAAGAAUAAAUAUGAGUAUAAGAAGUGGAUUGGUGACCUCUCCAGUAUUGAGGGAUUAAGUGAUUCUACUGCAUCGGUUCUGCAUAAACCCUCUGUGAAUCAAUCUUUACCUGCUUCGAAUGCAAGCUUGGAUCUGAGCUCAAAUUCAUUACAAAAGACGCAAACACAACCACCUUCUCACUUAUUAGGCACUUCAAGGAGUAAUACAAGCUUAUUAAACCUACAAGUUUCGUCACUUUCCAAGACUACCUCUAAUGCAAGCGUAACUAGUACUGCAACAAGCAUAGGUGCUGUCGCUACUAAGGCUGGCAACAGGGUCAGUGAAAUCGGGCAAAGGAACGAUUUAAAAAAAUCUAUUUUAUCUUUAUACUCAAAACCUUCGGCUCAGACUCAAAGCCAAAACUCAUUUUUCACUUCGACGACAUCUCAUCCUUGUAAUACUCCAUCGACAUUCGUGAACGCAGCAAUUACUGGUAGGAAUAAUAAUAGUGCGAAUUCAAAUUCCAGUUCUAAUAUUUCAUUGGAUGAUAACGACUUAUUUAAGAACGUUUGGAGUUGA